CUGACCCUCGCAGGCACCCUUCCUUUUUGUCGUUUUCAUCCGGGGUAUGAAAGUGGGAAGUCUUUUCCCCCGUAGACUGCGCCAUGGCUCGAGGACCGAAGAAGCACUUGAAGCGCGUGGCAGCGCCCAAACAUUGGAUGCUGGACAAGCUUACUGGAGUGUUUGCACCUCGACCUUCAACCGGCCCCCACAAGCUGAGGGAGUGCUUACCCCUCAUCAUCUUCCUGAGGAACCGGCUGAAGUACGCCCUGACCGGAGAUGAGGUCAAGAAGAUCUGCAUGCAGAGGUUCAUCAAGAUUGACGGCAAGGUCCGCACCGACAUCACGUACCCCGCCGGAUUCAUGGAUGUGGUCAGCAUUGAGAAGACUGGAGAGCAUUUCCGAUUGAUCUACGACGGCAAGGGACGCUUUGCCGUCCACCGCAUCACUGCAGAGGAAUCCAAGUAUAAGCUGUGUAAAGUGAGGAAGAUCAUCAUUGGCACAAAGGGUAUCCCACAUUUGGUGACCCACGACGCCCGAACCAUCCGCUACCCUGAUCCUCUGAUUAAGGUCAAUGACACAGUCCGCAUCGACCUGGAGAGCGGGAAAAUCACUGACUUCAUUAAGUUCGACACCGGCAACCUGUGCAUGGUGACAGGUGGUGCCAACUUGGGGCGUAUCGGGGUGGUCACCAACCGGGAGCGGCACCCCGGCUCCUUCGACGUGGUGCACGUGAAGGACAGCACAGGGAACAGCUUUGCCACCAGGCUCACCAACAUCUUCAUCAUCGGCAAGGGCAACAAGCCAUGGGUGUCCCUACCACGGGGCAAGGGCAUCCGGUUGACCAUUGCCGAAGAGAGGGACAAGAGGCUGGCGGCCAAGCAUGGUAGCAACUAAGGGGCACGGCAUCUUAACGGAGCCAUGGGCCUCCUACUACCCCCACAGAACCCACGUGAAAUAAAAGGUUAUUAACAACCAA